GUCACAUUCACAGACCUCACUUGGCUGGAGAAUCAAGUAUUAUUGGAAAUGACUGGUCUGCUUUUUAAAAAGCAGUUCACAUCCAGCUGUGCAAAGUCAACAAAGUCCGCUACCCAGGGUGUAACACCAGCAAAACGAAGAAAGUGAUUGACGCACGAAAGAUCCAAUCAACCUCAACAGCGCAUCGGCAAACCCCAAGGGCGGAGUCUUUGGUAGACAGAAAAUAAAUAUAAUUGGAGGGGAAAUGAAACGGCACCGCCUCUUGCAAAGCAUCAUCACGUGAUUUUCCUUAGCAACGGUUGGAUGUCGGCAGUCGCUGGGAAUAAAAAAAAAGGUUGCAGUCCGUUCAGUCUGUCAGGUUAGCCUGAGGAAUUUUGACCUGCACGCUGCAGUUGUGUCUGUAGCAAUGUGUUUAUUUUGAAAGAAAGGGGAAUAAAACACUAGAAAGAGUAACACAUUUUCAUUAAUUAAAGUGCGCAGGCUUCAGAAAACAUGAGUCUCCCUAACCCCGGAACACUUGCUGCCUACAACAGUCUAACGGAUAGACACCUGACAGGAUACUUCAGUAACACAAAAAUAAGGAGACAUCUUCAGAAAGUUGGACUGAUUACAAGACAUGGAAGAAUUGUACCAGACAAAGAGUACAGGCAUAACAUAAUGAGGAGGGAUCAUCAAAAAUAUGUGCGAGAAUGUCUGGCACAAGCCAUCUUUCACAAGGUGCUUGACAUGGAGAGACACAAUCAAAUAGAGAUAAAAAGGAAAUUAGAAGAUUUUGAACGCAAAGAACGGGUGCAGAGGAUCAAGGUGGAUCGAGCAAAGAGAUAUAAUGAAGAUGUUGUCCCUUUACUCUCCCCACGACCACCAACUGCCCCCAAAAAUGGCAAUGCCUGUCAGUCUGGACCAGAGGCUAGUCAGUCUGAAACCUCAGAACCCAAUUCUACUUCCCCUCGACCAUGCACUGCACCUGGAAAAAUACAGAGGCCUGUUCUCCUGCAGCCCAUACAGAGCAAUGGCACUGCAGCGUCUGCCAGAAGAACAUACCCAGGCUCCAGACAGAAGGGCCAUAGUGAGAAGACAGAACACCAUUUAAUCUAUUCGCUUGACAGGGAGGCAAGGAGGCACAUUACCUCAACAGAUUUUGCCAGUGGAAUCUCCCCUUACCGACUUCCAGUUAUUAACAAUUAUGUAACUCCAGUUCCACCUCCCACCCAAAAAAGGGACAUAACCUUUAAAGGAACCUCUAAUGGAAUGAGAAGGGGUAGAAAACUACGACCUACAACUGCACCAAACGGAAUUGAAGAAACAAAGGAUUCUGCUAAAUUCCACAAGACAUCUGUGCACAGUAAUGUUGCUGUCACCAUGGUGUAUUUCGGAAAGAGUGUUCAUUUGUCUCAUGAUGACACGGACUUCAGAGAUGAAGUGAAAGUUUACCAGCAGCACUGUGGUGGACAAAAUCUCUGUGUUUACAAAGGAAAACUCUUAGAAGGAGAAACCUUUCAGUUUGUCUCCAGACGCCACCACAGUUUUCCUUUCAGUCUUACCUUUUUCCUGAAUACAAUGCAAGUUGAUCGGCUCAGUUCUUGCUGCGAAUUUAAACAUCGUAAAGGAGCAAGAUUGGGAGGAAAACAUGGGCACUUUGGAAUUGCCAGUGUUGAAGGAGCUUCCCCGUGUUACAGAUGUAUCAUUGCUGUGGGUUUAGAUAAAAAACCCAACCCUCCGCCAAAAAAGAUAAAAAAGGAGGUAGAAAAAGAGGAGUCGACUAGAGAUCAGGGUAAAGAAGACAAGAGCUGCAGUGAGGAAGAGAUGCCUAAAGAAGAGAGCAUAUUAAAUUCCUCCUUGAGAUCUCCGCACAGAGAAGAAGAUAUUGAGGAGGAAAAUCAGAUGGAAUUAGAACCCAAAGAAGAGAAUGAGAUACCUGAAGUUAAUCAUGAUGGAAAAUUCUUCCUACCAUGCUUUUGUUACAAAUAUGAUGACGAUUUUGAAGCAGAUGAAGCGAGGCCUGAUGCAAAAGAAGAGAACAAAAAAGAGGCUGACAUGAAUGGCAGGUCAUCAACCCCCUCUGAUGAUGAAAGGGGUAAUUCUGACACAGAGGAGACUGACUAUAAAGAGAAACAGAAGCACCAUUCUGGCAUUGAGGAUGAUAGAGCCAGCUACUCUGACAGUGAGGCAGAGGAUAGCAAACAAGGUGGCAGGAGAGCAAGGUCAUCUGACUCAUCUAGUAGCUCGUAUUCUUCAAGCUGCAGCAGAAAAUAUUCAGAAAGUGAUAGUGAAGGGGCAAAAGAUGACGUGAAGAAAGAAGAAAUCAAAGCAACCUCCAGCUCUGUAUCCAAUACUGAACCAAGAAGUGAAUGCGAGGCAGCAAAUGAUGUGGAGGACCAGGUUAAAAAUGAGGAGGCUGUAUCUGACAAUGACAAAGAACAACAUACCCACGAAGAGGCGAAACAAAGCGAGGGUGCUGAGAAUAUAGAAAUCAGCGAUCAGGUUUCUGCAGAGUACCAACAAACUGGUGAGGUACAAAGGGAGAGUGCUGUGCUCCCUGUUUCUGAAAGAAAUGAAGCUGUUGAACAACCAGACAGCAUGGAACAGCCAGGGAGUGCAAAAGACGAACAUGGCAUUACAGAUUCAAAACCAGAGGUGCAAACCGAGACAGCUGUUUUUGCUGAAGCUGAAAAACAGGGUAAUAGUAAGUAUGCUGGCUCAUCAGAGCUAUCAUGUGACUCUUGCAUGUGACCUGGCUUUUAAGAUUUUUUUUUCUUUACUGUGUGCCAUUUUGUUUUGUAAAUUGAUAUUCAUUUUUCUUGUGCAUGUAAAAUAUUUGUCUACUCAUUUGUGGAAGAAAAGAUUGAAUAUGUGUGUCAAAAUUAUCUUCACAAUUUUCUGUAAAUUGUGUCUUUUGAUUUGAUGUCACUUUCUGCCUUUUUCAGUCUUUGCUGUUUGCUGUCAGAGACUUUUGGCUUUCAAUUCUAUAAGUCAUGUAUUACUGUGUAUAACACAAAUUGAAAAUAUGCCAAUUGUGGCCCAAAAAUAAACAAACAACAAAUUACAUUAGUAUUCAUACCCACUAGUAAUACACAGUAAAGCAUAUACCUAGAAAAGCUAGAUGUCAAAAUUGUGGACUGUCAUAAAAUGUAAAUAAUGUUAAACUUACUAUUUUCUAUGGAUUUUUUGGCAUAAACAAAUGUUGUAAUAUGCAAACUUUUACCUACAUUCUUAAAUAAUUAUUCUUUAACUUAAUAUAAUUAUUUUAUAACUUAAAAGUUAAACUUUUUUUAAUAGAGCCCACUAUUGCAUGUAUUUCAAUUGUUAACUCAAUGUCAUCUAUUUAUUCUGCUUCUGGAUUGCAAACAAAGGGACACAUUUAUGACGAAUUAGUAAGCUUAUUACUGCAUACAUUACUCUAAACU